AAGCGUCGCGAACAAAACGUACGUCCUUCCCGCUAUACCUGGUGAUACAAAACAGCUUCGCCCAGGUACGAGAUGCUUCUAAAUUAUUCAUAGCAAUCCCCACAAGUCACAGACGCACGCACGCAACGCCGACUCCCACCACUGCGUGACACACAGUCAUAUCGUCCUCCUGUUCGCCAUCAACAAGACCGAGAACAAACGACUCGAGCUGCAAAAUGGACAAAUACCUUGGCGUCUCCUGCAUUGUUGCUGCCAUUUUUCUUCUACAUGGAGUAUGCGGCCAAAACACAAUUUAUCUGAAAGACAACUGCGAAAGUUCCGUCAGCGCCGGGGCGGCAGGGAUGAUACAGUGGGCCAAGAUGGCGGCAGGGGGGAUGACGUGUUCGAUGACGCUUACGGCCCCAAGCAACAGACUAAUCGGUUUACGCUUCAAGAGCUUCAACUUGGGGAAGUUCGCAAACGACUCAUGUGUGGACGCCAUCGGUAUAACGGACGCAGACGGGACCACGAUCAUGCCAAGUGGCUGUAUAAAACCGACGACGUCGCUCAAAAGCGUCACCCAAAGUGUCAACAUCACGGUUGUGAAGGGGUCCAGCAGUGCCGAUGCCUUUGAGCUGGGUUACGUGGUCUUCUACGAGGCUGCAAACUGCACGGGAAGUGACUUCAAGUGCUUGAACGGCCGCUGCCUGGACUCGAAACUCAAGUGUAACCGCAAAGACGACUGCUUCGACAAUUCAGACGAGAGCACGCUACUGUGUGACCUGGGCGUGUUCGGGAACUUCUGGGCGAUAUUCAUGCGACUGGGUCUGGCGGCGGUGAUCGGGAUCCUGGCGGGCGCGGCCCUGCUGCUCAUCCUCAUCAUCGUGCUGUGCAUCUGCUGCUGCUGUGCCUGCUGUCGCCGCAAGGACAACAACGCCGUGUAAGGCCAACGUCACAUUUCCACAAAGGGGCCCGGCCUGGCAGUUUUGGGGAACGAAAAGUGUGAUAUAAAAGACACCAAACUACACAAGACGUAAAGAGGAUAGUCGACUAGUCGUGGGAAUUACUUGUGUAUAGAUUUCGAUUUUUCUUUUCCACAAACAGCCCGGCCAGGCCCCGAUUUGGAACUGUGACGUUAGCCUAAAGCUACCACUCACUAAUCAAGGACGGUUCUUUAAACAUCAAUUAGUCUGUAAGUUUACUAGAUCCAUGCAA